GAAUGCAUUUAGUUAAAACACGUCAGGAUAAACAGUGUAGAGUUGUGUCAUGAUCUUAGCACUGCUAGCUUAGCCGUUAGCCUGUCCUGUGAGCGUGUUUGGUGCAGCUUCCGUCCUCCGCUCACUGUACCUGCACAGAUUUUACUCCUCGUCUGUGUCAGGCUGUGAGCCGCUCAGAGGCUCAGUGUAAUCUCGCCUCUUGUCGAUGUUUUCAGCGACUGAGAGUUUCUCUUCCUCAGGGAGGACGUCUCCAUCACUCUGUUUGCAUCAGGUCAUGUUCCUCGUCCUGGUCUGAGGUGCUUCUUUCUCUCUCUCCUCCUUUAACCGCCUCUUAUGUUCCCUUUGCAGUAAAGAUCAGAGUCGAGCUCCUCCGUCUGCGGCUCAGGGCCUCCACUGGCUCCUGAUUUCUUAGGAGAGGCUUUGUUUGAAGCUUGUUUCUACCUCAUUGUGUCUCAGCAGAAAUAAGACUUGCCACCACAGAAGAAGAGGAGCUCCCCCUCACUUUGACCACAUUAAGUGACAUUCAGUUCCCAUCAUCGUUAAAGACCUUUUCCAGCGCCUGCUUCCUUCUUUAUCUUGGCUCUGGGUGCUGAAUCUGGAGAACAGGACGGAUUUUGUGACAUCAUGUCUCAGAAGGCGCAGGCCGACGGCACUCAGAAACACUUCGCCGUGGGUCGGGGGCUCCUGGCCGCCGCAGAGACCUUGAACUUCAACAUGAACGAGCAGCGUCCCAGCAGGCCAAUGGGGGUGGGUGCGGGUGGCAUGGAGGGCCAGGACGGCGGCGGGCAGAUGCCCCGACGUGGUGGUGGCAGUGGUGGCGGCAGCAAUCUUGGCAGCACCAUGAAGCUGUUUGCCAGUUUGGGGCUGUCGCCCUCCGACCUGGAUGCUCUGGCUGAAAUCCCCGAGGAGGAGAUCAGCGUGGAGACGCUGCCGCGCAUCCUCAUGCAGCUCAAGAGCCGCAAGGGGGAGGCAGGAGAGCGGCGGGCGGCCAUGUCCUCCGACUCUGCGUAUCGAGGAGGAAGCUGGGAAGAGGGGCACGUGGGGAGGAUGGGCGGUCCUUCUCUGGGACAAGGUUCAGCCAAGUCCUCCGCAGACUUUGGGUACGGCUCCCUGCAGGACGUCUCCUCCAGCCGGGGCUACGGCUUAAAUUACAGCAGCAGCGGCGGUGGAGGCGGCGGUGGGGGUGGGAGCAGAGAGAGGCCAUACUCUGAGCUUUCCCACCACGGUGGGCUCGGCAUGGGGCCGUCUGAGCCCCUGUUUAUGCAGAGGAGGAUGGGCUCCCCGUCAAACGGAAAAGUCCAAGACUUCUUGGGAGUCAUGCCCCCCAUGUUCCCCCACGUGUGCUCUCUUUGUGACUUUGACGUUCAUUCCACCAUGGAGUGGAACCAACACAUUAAUGGACUCCGCCAUGCUGAAAACAGACGGGUGCUUCUUGACAUGUAUCCAGAGUGGGACCCCAGUAUGGGCUCAGCCAGAGGUGGGCGACCCCGGGAGACCCCCAACCUGUCUGCAGGACUGCUGGGACCCGCCCCCAUGUCUUCAGGACCGAUGGGAGAGAUGUCCUCCAGCUGGGGUGGAGGUGGAGGUCUGCUGGGACAGAGUAAGCUGAGAAGCAGGGUGGUGGUGGUGAAAUAUGACAGGAAGCCUCUCAGCGACAAGACCCUGUUCGCCUUCGCCGAGCGCUUCGGCUGCCUGCGGGAACACCUGAUCCUCAAGAACAAGGCUUUCCUGGAGAUGAGCACUCAUGAAGAAGCUCUGGACGUGGUGAACUACUACAGGCAGCAUCCAGCAUGUCUGUACGGCAGACCCGUCGUCUUCUACCUGUCCAAGACCCUCAUGUUCAUCGAGAAAGAUGAGCGGUCGUUGGAGCGACCGACGGACCGGCCAACAGACAAACCUGUGAUGGAGGUCAAAAGUCAAGGCAGCAAAGUGGUUUUCUUCUACCACCUUCCCCGAGAGGACGAGAAGAAACAGGAGCUGCUGAAACUCGCCGAACGCUUUGGUGUCGUGGAGAAACACCUCUUCUUAACUGACCGGGCGUUUAUUCAGCUGGGAUCUGUGGAGGACGCAGAGAUGCUGGUGAAGUAUUACACCCAGAACCCCCUCGUCUUCAACGGAAGACUAGUCCGCCUCAACAUCUGCACUAAAUACAAAACCCUUAAUGUGAACCACAAACAAGGCGAGUCUGGAGGAGACGACAGAGCCGGUUCCACCAACUCCAAACCCUCCUCAUCCAAAUCCUCAUCCAGCACCAAGACCAGAGAGGAGAAGAAGGAAGAGCAGGAGGAAAAGGGGAAGAAGGAGGAGGAGAAAGUGAAGGCAACAGCAGAGGAGGAGGAGGAGGAGGUGGGAGUGUCAGGAGUGAUGGAAGGAGAGGAAGACAGAGAGGAGGAGCAGGCACCUGAUGAGGAGGAGCGGGCGCCUGAUGGAGAGGAGGAAGAGCCGGAGCGAGCAGAGUGUGUGAAGAAGACAGUGGAGGAGUCUGGGGAUGCUUCACAGGGGGAGGAAGAGGAGAAGAAAGAAGAAGAGGAGAAGGUUGCUCAUGAUGUCACCAAUGACACCCUUGGAGAUGUGGGUGAACUGGGUGAUGCCAAGCAGGGGGCGGAGUCAGAGGGACAAAUGGAAGCAGCAGAAACUGAAGCCUCCAGCGAGGAGCACGAGAUCAAAGAGCAGGCAGAGACUGCAGGGGGAGAUCUACCUGAAGAAGAGGACUUCCCGGAGAACAUGGAGGACUUUGUGACGCUGGACGAGCUGGAAGAAGAUGAGGACGAAGCCCAAGGAGUGCCGGACGACCCUGACAACACCAGGCGAGGGGGCAUGAGGGUGGUCAACAUCGUCGGCUUCAGGCGAGGGUACCAGUACCUCAACGAGCUGCUGAGACUCGCCCAACCGUUCGGGAAGGUGGUCAAACACCUGGUGCUGGACCUGAAAGCUGAGGCGUUCCUUCAGUUCGCCACAGAGGAAGAAGCCCGGGCGAUGGCCACCUUUUACAACAGCAACAUCACGGCGUCGGUGUGCGGGCGACCGGUGAGGAUCAGUCACUCCCUGAGCUACCCCACCAUCCAGUCUGGUUCCAGCAGGGUGGUGUACAUCGGGCAGAUCCCCAACACCAACUACUCGGAAGAGGAGAUCCUGAAGCUCGCCGAGCCGUACGGGAAUGUUAAGAAGUACUUCCUGAACAGGAUCCGGAGAGAGUGUUUCCUCGAGAUGUACAAAGCCGAGGACGCGGAGAAGAUGGCUGCAGAUUAUAAAGUAAAACCACUGAGAUUCAACGGGAAACGUCUGACCCUCUACGUGAGCAGGAAGUACAAGCAGCUCAAACACGGCCAUCAGGUGCCGAGCACCAAGAAGAGAGCGAAUGACAGCCCGCCACCAAAUGCCGAGCAGCCGCCAGAUAAGAAAUCUAAAGAGGAGGCCAAACCAGAGGAGCAGAAGAGGGAGGAGGAAGUGGAGAGCUGUGACGUGGGCAGUGACCAGAUGGCGACAGAUGAAAAGUCACCUGUCAAGAAGGAGGAGCAGAUGGAGACAUUGACCAAUCAGGAUGGGCAGACAGAGGCUCCUCCUCCUGCUGAGAACAAACCCAGCACAGCGUCCCUGCCGCUGCCGCCGUACGAUACCACCACGCCCAUCGGUGUUGAACACGUGAAGGCGGGUUUUUACUGCCACAUCUGUUUCCUGUUUUACUCCAAUGAAGACACGGCGAAGAAAACUCACUGCAGCAGCCAGGCACACUACAAUAAGCUACAGAAACACCUGGAGAAGGAGCAGAGCAAAACGGAGAAGGAGGUGACGACGACCUGAAAACACUUGAAGCUGAGAAAGAAGCGCUAACGUGGGAAUUUUUAAUGUUUUUAAUUUUGCUUCUUUAGUGACAUUUGAAGCACACAUGGGAGACUUCCUGCUGCUCUGUGGGCUUAAAGCCUAAAAAACUCAGUGUCACCGUUUGGUACUGCAGCUAAUGAUUAGUUCUGUUACUGAUCGAUCAACAUUUCAUUUUAUCCAGACGGUCAGAAAAAUAUAAAACAAACUUUACUUGUUUAUCCAGCUGGAAACAUUUUUCAGUCACUUUCUCCACAAAUCGCCAUAAAGCAGAAAAACGUUUUUUAGCAUCAUAGAUAUGGAGAGAAAAUUGACUCAAAUAUCUGUGUGUCUGUAAUGCUGGAUUUGUGCGUAACUUGCUGGAUUUGUAAUUUUUUGUAAUACACGAAUCUCCUGAUACACACGCACAAAACGACGGUUACGAGUGUCUCAAAAACUUUGUGCACUCGUAACCGUCGUUUUGUGCGUAUCAGGAGAUUCGUUACGCACAAAUCCAGCAUUACAGACACACAGAUAUUUGAGUCCAUUUUCUCUCCAUACAUAGAUGUGAAUACUUUUAUCAUCUGAAACAGACUCAACUUUGUUUUGGAUUUGCCAAUAAAAUGGGUGAAAGUUUUAAAAAACACA